AUGACUCGUCACACAGACUCUCUAGAACAUUAUGACUGCACGAUUUUGGGUACAGGAAUCAAAGAAUCUAUUUUAGCUGGCCUCCUAUCUGCCCGUGGUCUAAAAGUCUUGCAAAUGGACGAUGCAUCUUCGUACGGUUCGUCUUCUCGGACACUUCGCUACGAUGAGUUCUUACAAGAGAUGACUACUCGAUCUCAGGACCCUCAGUUUUUUGAUGCGCUAGGACCUGUGGGCGUCUCUUUUUAUAUUGAUUUGACUCCAAAGAUCUUCUUGGCUGAUGAAGGUCUGAUUAAAGUCAUUGCUGAACACAAUCUAGGACACUGUAUUGAGUUUAAUGUGAUUGAAGAGCAGUACAUUGUAACUAAUGGCAAGACUAUUUUGAUUCCUACGACAAAAACAGCCGCUCUAAAGAGUAACUUGUGCGGGCCUAUCCAGUUAUUGCGCUUGCACCGUUUUGUGGGUAUGAUCAAGGGGUUUUAUGAGGCGUCGGAGUCGGAACGUGUAAAGAUUGCUAGCAAAUGGGCAACUGUGCGUGAUUUGUAUACUGAUUAUGGUAUUUCUACUUCUAUUCAGGUGAUUUUAGGGCAUGGGGUUGCUCUUUAUACUUCGGAGGCUUACUUGGAAGAUAGGCCGGGUGAGUUUAUUUUGCGCUUAACUACUUACUUUCGGAGUGUGGCCCGGGCUAAUCCGGCGCGCACGGGUGGGAAUUCGCCCUUUUUGUAUCCCAAGUACGGCAUAAGUGAAAUAUCCCAGGGGUUUGCACGAUUGGCUGCGGUUAGGGGUGGUACAACGCGUAUGACUACUGAAAUACUAGAUCUUAAGGAGUGUCCCGCUGGGUACCACCUUAGCUUACGUACGGAAGGUCAGGAGGACCAAAUUACAACGGCCCAGGUGAUUGCUAAUGACCGCUACUAUAGUGCCCUGCCAAAUACCUACCUUAAAGAGGUUCAUACUCUUCGAGGGGUCUAUAUUCUCAAGUCUUCAAACCAAACCACCCGACAGGCUCUGAUUACCGCUGAGCCCAGUGAUCUUUUCUUACUAGUAGUUGGUGCUAGCGAAGGCGUUGCCCCUGAGGGAUACGCUAUUGGUUACCUCACUGCGGCUGUGCCAGAAGAGUCUUUCGCCCACUUGAACCCUGCAGAUUUAGCCCAGCGAGUCACUCCUGGCACGUCUCUUCUUCAGGCGUGGCGGUACGAAAUCCUUCAAAGCUUCCUCUGGGUGGAUACUGCCACUGAGGGUCGAUCUGGGCUCCAUCCAUAUAUUCAUCCCCUCCACCCUAUGGACAAUACUGUUGACUUCCGCACUGUCUACCACGAAGUCCAAUCUGUUCUUAGCCACCACCCUUCUAAAUAG